AUGGCUGAAACUGUAGGCUAUUUCUUUGUAGGGAUAUUAAUAUUCUUAGCUUUAGAGAGGAUAGUUCAUUUCUGCAAGUGGUUUCAUGUGCAAUGGGUGCUUAAGGGAUUGCCGAAGAUGCAGUAUGAAGAAGAAGAAGGUGAAGGAGAAGAAGAAGAAGAGAAGCAAUGGGGCGACGUUUCCAGUUGCGUUAUCUGCUUGGAGAAGUUCAAGGAUGGUGAACUGUGCAGGCUGUUGCCAGCAUGCCGUCACUGUUUCCAUAUGCUUUGUAUUGAUGCGUGGCUUUUGAAGAAUCUUACAUGUCCUCUUUGCAGGACUAAUGUAACUGAGAAAUCCAAGUUCAGCGAUGUUAUUGUUUGA